UUAACUAACCGUACUGUCAAAACUAGGAUGGUUGAUGUUUUUGGUAACGUUAAACUCACGUGUUUUUAUUUUUAGAGAAUAUAAUAAAAUAAUUGAAAAUGAAAGUAUUAUCAGAAGAUCGUACAAGAAUAUUAUUCGAGAAGCUAACCAAAUACAUUGGAGUAAAUGUUAAGUUACUAAUAGACAGACCUGAUGGCACAUAUUGCUUCAGAGAGAAGAAAGACAGAGUGUAUUACAUAUCAGAGAAACUACUGCAUCUAGCACAGACAGUGAAGCCGGACAACUUAGUAUCUGCGGGGACAUGCUUCGGAAAGUUCACAAAGACAAAUAAAUUUAGGUUGCACAUUACAGCUUUGACUUACAUAUCACCCUAUGCGCCGUUCAAAGUGUGGGUGAAGCCGUCUGCGGAGCAGCAGUUCUUGUAUGGACACCACAUCAUCAAAAGUGGCUUAGGCAGGAUAACAGAGAAUACACCGAAACAUCAAGGUGUGGUGGUAUUAACGAUGUCGGAUAUCCCGAUUGGCUUUGGCGUAGCUUCAAGAACGACGGCAGAGUGUCGACACGCUGAUCCUUUGGCGACGAUUGUCUUCCACCAGGCUGACGUAGGAGAAUAUAUACGCUCUGAGGAUACGCUUACGUAGUAAAUAAUGAAAAGGAAUCGGGUUCUUGUUUUAUUUACAACAAAAA